UUCCUGCGAAUAGAUGGGUUUACUUUGGAGCAUAAAGUUUUUUGUUUUAUGAUUGCCUAAGAGUUGGAAAUGAUCUCCAGAUGACCAAGAAUAGAGUCCUGGAAGGAAGCCAACAGGAUCUUUGUCAAACGGGCAGAGGGCGUCAGACUGAGAGUGGUGAACUCACCUCCAGGUUCUGGAUGUACGUGUGCGAGGUGGUGGCCCGGACCUUCUCCACCAUGGCAGCGACCAGGUAGUUGGUGUGGAACUGCUUGCCGCUGAACUCCUUGCGGCACUGGGGGCAGGUCACGGGCCCCUGCGCCCCCCUCCAGUACCUGGAGAUGCAGGGUUUGCAGAAGUGGUGCAUGCAGGCCAACAUGACGGGCUCGCGGAACAGGUCGCAGCAUAUGGCGCAAGUCAGAUCCUCUCUCAGGCUGCCUUUGGUGGACGGAGGAGCAGCAGCAGCAGCAGCAGCAGCCAUGAUGAGGACUCCUUUCUUCUGGAGACUGUCCACACUGAGGAAAUGAAAGCAAAAGCCUGGAGGAGGAGAGGGAGGAGGGGUGAAGAUUCCCCUUUCAGAAGACAGUUUACAGGUUCAAAACAGCUGCAUGAAAUCAAAUCAAUAACAAAGUUCACCCUCCACAUCAACAGUUUCCUCGUGGUCCCUCACAUCACGUCGAUCACUGUGUGUCUGUAGCCCCUCCUCUGAAGACCAGCGCACAAACAAAACCCGCCGGAGCCACUAGCCCCUCUCCCCAGCUCGGUCACGUGCGACAGCCGGUGGCAGUGAACGCGCUAGUGAAACCCUCUGGUGCAUCACGGGACUCGAUGUGGUCUAGCCCCUGCGCAGGUCUCCCAGCGACGGUCCCUGCCCCUGAUGUGGACGCUCACUGUGAAUCCUGCAGAACUGCCUCAGGAACGCACGAUCGAGCCACAAGAUGCGCCACUAGUGCUACAGCUUGGGAGGAGCUUCGGGAUUUUCCCCCUUAAUGUUUCACGCCAGUCUCCAGUGAGGACUCGUUUGCAAAAGGAGAUAUAGGGGGAAAGGAACCAGCACAGCCUCAAUCUGGCAUCUUCCAGUAAAAUGAUCCCCCCAUCCAACAGCACAGAGGACGACGGGGAAGCUGUCACAGAUCCCUUGUUUUUGUUUAACAACAGUAUGGGUUUACACCCGCCUGGUUUCCACACCGACAUCACCAAGCACCUUGGAGUCCAGAUCACCCUGAUAACGGCGUACUCCCUGAUCAUUCUGCUUGGGCUGCUGGGGAACACGCUGGUCAUAUACAUGAUCAUCCGCUACAGAACCAUGCGAACUGUGACCAACUUCUUCAUAGCCAACCUGGCCCUGGCAGACCUCUUGGUGAACACACUGUGCUUGCCGUUCACCUUGGUCUACACUCUGUUAGACGACUGGAAGUUUGGGGCUGUGCUGUGCCACAUGGUGCCCUUUGCCCAGGCCCUGAGCGUGCACGUGUCCAUCCUUACCAUGACUGUCAUCGCUCUGGAGCGGUACCGCUGCAUCGUCUUUCACCUUGGUCGCCGCCUCACGUGGCACUCCAGCUUUCUCAUCAUGGCGUUCACCUGGACCACGUCUGCUGUCUUGGCAGCACCCUUGGCCAUCUUCAGGGAGUACCGCAAUGAAGAGAUACCUUCCAUCAACCUCCGUAUCGCCGUUUGUUCUGAGAAGUGGCCCCAUGGGACUGGCAGGGACGGAGUCAUUUACAGCCUCUCAAUGCUGCUCCUACAGUACAUUAUUCCUUUAGCCAUCAUUAGCUACGCCUACAUCUGCAUCUGGGUCAAACUGAAGAAUCACAUCAGCCCGUCCAGCCGCAAUGACAGCGUCAACCGCCGUAAAAAGACCACCAAGAUGUUGGCGCUCGUGGUGGUGGUGUUUGUCAUCUGCUGGCUGCCGUUCCAUGUCUUUCAGCUGGCCAGUGACCUGGACCUGGUGCUCAGGUUUAAAGAAUACAAACUGAUAUACACAGUGUUCCACAUCGUGGCUAUGUGUUCGACUUUUACCAACCCUCUCCUGUAUGGGUGGAUGAAUAAAAACUACCGCAAUGGCUUCCUCAUGGUCUUCCGUUGCGAGGAUAAGCCAGAUUCUUUCCACCCUGAGGGCUCAUUCAGAACCCGCUCCUUAAGAAGGCUGACUCUGAAUGGUCGGAAUGGUGGACACCCUCCCACCGCUGUAUGAGAUUAACAUCAUUUUGAAAAACGUGUAGAAAGUGAUUGAACGCACCUCUGGUUUGUGGAGCCUGUGGUUCAAAAGUAGCCUUUUGACUUGAACUAUCUGAUCUUGAGUAUCUAUGUCACUGGAGAGGGCUCAAAGCUUCGCAUGUAAAUCGCGUGUAAGGCUCCUGUUUACUUUGUGAAUGGUACUAGUGAAAAUACAUUUGCCAAACCUAUUCAAGUAUAUGUUGAAGAUGUUUAAGGUGUUAAGUAACAUGAUGUAAAAUGUGUUCUGUUGGUCGGUAAUGUCCAAUUGAUUAUGCUGCAUACAUUGCCUGUUGACGUGUUCACACUUACUAAAGGUAAGAUGGUUAUAAUAUGCGACAGUGGGAAAAAGUUAAAACAAUUUUUUUACAUCAAUUAAUCCAAAUGCUGCAUUUCGGAUUAAUGACGGUGACUUGCAGAGUAACAUUCAACCCUCAUCCAAGGAAUCCAGAGCCGGCUACCGCAGAUCUUUCUGUCCAACCAGGAUGUUAAUUGUGUCAACCUGGCAAACAGCUGUUCCCUGUUAGACGGACCAGUGGGACACUAAAGGAAUAGGAUUGGAAACCAUUGAACUGUGUGAAGUGAGAGCGACAAGGUCUUGAUGUCUUUGUUUGAGAAUGGGGGCAACUGCUUUUAGGAAAUGUAAAAAAAUUAAAAAGGGAUUGGGAAGAAGUCAAAACUUCCAGUUUUAGAUUUAUUCCACUAAGGUGAUGAAGUGUCCUUUGUCGGUGGUCUUUUAAUAAGGACAACGUGACCUUUAAUUUGAUAUUCAGGAGAAGUUCUGCUCCACGCCUCCAUGUGAAUUAAACAUACAUAGAUUUGAAUAAGUAGACUGAAGUCAUGUAAAUAUCUAUCAGAUUAUCUGGGUGAAUAAUAAAACUCAAAAUCAUGGCAUAUUAAAAAAUAAUAACCACUGACAGCCUACUUAGACUACUUAAAAUGUAUGGGUGUCGUAGGCUACUUAGUACAUGUACUGUCAUGAAUGUAGUCUGCAUACUUAGUGUAAUAUAGGAAGAAUGAACUUCAACUCCCUGAACCUAAAAGCUGAAAAAAUCCUUCUGUAGAUGGGGAGACCAUCUUAAAAGAGGGAAAGUAAAAGAAAUCAGAGCAUUUUUAUUUUUUUAUUUUUUUUUACACAAAGGCGUGUUUAAACAAAUUCCUGCAGAUAAAACUUCAGGCGUGAUUUUGGAGAAACACCGGAGGGUCCAAGUAACAUCUAAUAAAGCAUUUAAUGGAGCAGACAAA